GCCAUUUUUUUUUGUAACGAGCGUAUCCGCUUGGUUGGAUGCAUGCCUGUUCUCAACGUUUACUACUAUGAGUGCUAUUUUUGAACCGCCGAAAAUUCAAGAUAAUUUAAAUGGAUGGGGUCCAUGCGAUGCUCCCGAACAAUUCAAAGAUCUACCGUAUGCGCCUUUUUCUAAAAGCGAUCGUUUAGGCAAGGUAUCUGAUUGGAGCGGCACGACAUAUCAGGAUAGAAGAUAUACGUAUAAGUAUUCAUCUCAGUUUGGUGCUCAGCCCAGUGUAUACACGUACUACCAUGAUGAGGACGAGUCAUCUUUCCAACUGGUUGACACAACCAAAGUACAAAAACCUAUUUACCAGAGGGGGAAAGUUAGGUUCAAUCAGAACAAAUUGAAGAAAGAAAGGGAGAAGAGACAGCAAGCACAGGCCAGUAUGCAAGUGCUUUCUAAGACACAGAAGAGUAGAGAACGAGAUCGACAGAGACAACUGAGAAAGUGGCAGAAACAAUUUGGUAAACAGAUGCAGGAACAAAUGAAAAAGGUUCAGAUCAAACACAGAAAUGCUUCAGUCCAGGUUAAGGAUACAUGGGUGGUCAUUGAGGAAAUGGAUUUUCCUAGAUUGAGUAAGCUGUCAUUGCCAAACAUUGCUGAGCCUGUUGAUUUACUGAAAUGUGGUUCAGUUGAGUUCUAUGACAAGGCCUACGACAGAGUUACGACAAAGAAUGAAAAGAAGCUAGCUCGAGUUAACAGAAUCUUCCAUCGCAUCACCACCACAGAUGACCCAAACAUCAGACAACUAUCAAAGAAGACAGGCAAUGUGUUUGCAACAGAUUCCAUCUUGAGUGUGCUGAUGUGCUUGUGUCGAUCUGUCUACUCCUGGGACAUCAUCGUCUCUAAGGUCGGCAAGAUUCUCUUCUUUGACAAGAGGGAUGAAUCAGAUUUUGACCUGCCAACAGUUAGUGAGACAGCAACGGAACCUCCGCAAGAUGAUGGCAUGAACUCUCCAAAGAAUCUAGCCCUAGAGGCCACCUAUAUCAACCACAACUUCUCGCAACAAGUCCUCAAGAUGGGAGAUGAGAGGCAUGACUUUGGUGAAGCCAACCCAUUUGCUAGACCAGAGGAGCAGAGUGAAAUUGCAUCUGUUGGCUACAGAUAUCGAAAAUGGGACCUUGGCAAUGGCAUUGAGUUGGUGUGCAGAUGUGAACAUGACUGCGCCACCUUUGGACCCAAUGGAGAACUUCAGUUCAUGAAUGUUAAAGCUCUUAAUGAGUGGGACUCUAAGUACUCAGGUGGUGUGGACUGGCGAUCGAAACUGGACACUCAGAGGGGGGCAGUCCUUGCAACAGAGCUGAAGAACAACAGCUGCAAACUGGCCAAGUGGACUGUAAGUUCGCUGCUCGCUGGAUCUGACCUCAUCAAGUUUGGUUAUGUAUCUCGGAUUCAUCCAAAAGACUCUGGCAAGCACGUCAUCCUGGGUACUCAGCACUUCAAGCCGACUGAGUUUGCCCAGCAGAUCAACCUCAAUAUGGACAACAGCUGGGGAAUUCUGAGGUGCAUCAUCGAUAUCUGCAUGAAGCAGAAGGACGGCAAGUACCUACUUAUGAAGGAUCCCAACAAGCCGGUUAUCAGACUGUACGACAUCCCCAACAACUCGUUCGAGAGUGAGGACGAGAAUGACGACGACUCGUCUGAUGAUUCUGACCAAGAUGACGACGGUGAUGAGGAGGACGACGACGACGAAGUGCAUGACGCCACUGUCGCUGAGGAAGAGGAAGUCGAUGAAAGCAUUGUUGAAAGCGUCGUGGUCCAGUGAUGAACUAAGAGUGUUAUCAUCAUCACGUCAGAUGUCAUCUACUCACCUAGGCUAUCGUCAUCAUCACUAUUAUUAUUAUUAUUUUUUUUUUAUUAAGAUUUGUGGUUUUGUAGAAAUAAACCAAAGAAUAAUAAAAAUAAUAACAGUUAUUGUUAUUUAAUUCUUUUUUUUUAUUAUUUCAUUAUGUAAUCGGCUUCAUCAUGAUUUUGGUGAUGGUGAUUUUGAAGAUGAUGGUGGUGAUGUUUGCGAUGAUGGUGAGGACGAUAGUGAAUUAUGAAUUAGAUCAAUUUGGUUUUCGUUCAUUUGUUUUUUUUUAUUUUUAUUUAGAUCAUUGAUUGGUUGAGUUUAUUCACGAAUGUAUUAUUAAAAAUGAUGAAAAAACCUGGUUGGUGGUUGUCAUAUUUUUAGAUGUUUUCAAUUUAUAUAAUGGUUGUUCAAUGCCAGAUGGUAGGACUCUGUACCAUUUGUGUGUAUGUAUGUGUGUGUGUGUUUGUGUGUCCGUUGUAAUUUACAAUAAUUUGUUAAGUUAUUAUUAUUAGAUUGCUAAUUAUCUGUUCUUUUCUUUUGUUAGUAAUAAAAUUAUUUUUUGUUUAUGUUGUAAUAGUUUCGUGCAAAAUUGUUAAAGAAAUAAAAUGGUAUGUCUACUUUGGAGUU